UGAAUAAGAAGGUUUUUAAUUACAAAAAAUGCGCAAAAAGAAAAGUUCAAAAACAUUUAUUAAAUUAUCGAAUCAUCCUCGUAUAUGGUUUUUGACAGAAAAUUUAUUGAAAAUCGCAUCGUAGUAGGCUUUGACAUUCAACUUCAAUAAAAGCAAUUUCCGAGAAAAAAUCAGUCAGUUGUCAAAAGUGCGUUGCCCGGUAAACAUUAGAUAAGUGUCACAGCAAGUCGAUAAAGAAGAGUUCCUACAUUACCUGCUGAAGCUAGUUUUUUUGACAUAUCGACGAAAAAUUGAAGAGAUUUGUGUUGAUAUUUCUUCAGAGAACUUCUAGAAAUUGGAUGAGAACUUCACAUCGCUGGAUAAUCUUUGAAAAAAGUGCUUUAAAAUCAAUGUGUCGAAUCGCUAUUAGUCCGAAAAAUGUAACGGGUAGGAGUAUAUUGGAGUUGCUAGUAUAUACAUCAAUUUUACUCGGUUUUAAAAUUAGUUUUUUUUUCGAAAAGCAACUCAUGUUUGUCGACGUCGUAUAUGCCGAUGGGACACAUGCGCAGAAACAUCUUUCUGUCUGUUGCAUCGACAUCGACGAUGUGGUGUAUUUGUGAUCGUUUCUUUUGACAAUAAAGACGUUGGAUCUUCAGAACUUUACACCUUUCGAAUUUAUUUUCUGUGGAAAAAGUACGAGCGGAAAAUGAUUCUGCAGGAUUUAGUUUUUCGAAGGUGUAAAUUCUGCACAGAUCGAACGGACAAGGCUGCAAAAAUAGUGGCCGGCGAUGGUUUUACGAUUUUUGUUAAACUCAAAUGAACUUAUUUGGAAAAAACCGUAUUUUUUAAUAUAUUUAUUUUUUUAGCGAUGUAGUUUUUUAAAUUUUUUUUUUAUUUUUAACUUUAGCAAUAUUUUUUUAUUAAGAAAACCUUCGUAGUUUUCGGAUUUCUAUCUAUUUUUGCUUUAACACCUUGUAUAUAUCAUAUAUAUUAUUAUUCUAUAACACACAUAAUGUAAUUUUUUGGUUACCAAGUAAAAAAAUUUGAGUUUAAUAAAAACCUGGAGGCAUUGAAGGCUUGCUAUGAAACGGAAUGAGUCAUUGAGUAUUGAGGUCAGAAUGAAAGAUCGUCGCCGGGAACAGAAGAUUUCCGGAGUUAAAUAUACCGGGUAACGCGAAAAAAUGGUUUUUGGACCUAGGACUGGAAAGACGAGACAACGAAUGGAACAUGGGACUUCGUUGACUUCAAUUCGAGGAGGGACCUUUCAGAAGAGAAAUGGUAUGAAGGAGCCAGAUCACUUUAGCGAAACGCUAUCAGAGGGAGUGCAGUUGACGUUGAGUGAGCUGCGCGAGAUGGCCUGUCAGCAGCAAGCGCAGAUCGAAUCCCAGCAUCAGCUGCUGGCCGCCAAAGAACAACGGUUGAGGUACCUGAAGGAGCAGGAGGCGCGACAGCAGCGCGUCCAUGCCGAGAGCGAGCGACUACGCAGAUUGAGGGAUCGCGUCGAUGCGCAGGAACUCAAACUGCGCAAGCUCAGAGCGCUCAGAGGCCAAGUUGACCAACAUAAGCAGAAUAAUAUUUCUCUCACUAGUGAUCUUGACUCGAUUAGAGCUCUGUUCAAUGAAAAAGAGAAAGAAUUAUCGCUGGCAGUGGCGAAAGUGGAGGAACUUACAAGGCAGUUGGAAGAACUGCGCCGAGGCCGGUCUAACAAAAACUCACCGCCACCAUCCGCCUUGGAGUUGGAUAAACUAAGGAGAGAGCUUAUGUACCGAAACAAAUUGAACGAGCAACAAAAUCAAAGGCUACAUCAGCAACGCGAAGCUCUGACGGCCAGGCAGGAAGAGAUGAGUGCAAUCGACAAACGAAUCUCCGAACUCCAAGAAAGAUUACAUCGCAAACGUUUGCUGAAUCAACAAUUGGCGAACCAAAUAAGUGCCACUUCGCAUAAAGCCGCCUACCAUCAGUUAGUAAGAUUAACUGGAAGUCAAGAUCAAACCAACCAAGCAUUCAUGAGAAAACACCAGCAACCAAACGAUCGAAAAGGGUUUUCCAGAGGGAAUAUCGCCGCCGUUGAACCUUAUAAUCACAUCCCCGUCCAAACGCAAACAAAUCAACAAAUCAAGAAUAUUAAUCAUCCAGACAUGAAGAAUCCCGCCUACGACCUGUAUCAACCAUCCUUUUACACGAAGAAAGACCAAGAAUCUCCGAAAGCAAAUCACGGAAUCCAAGAUAUUAACAAUAACAUUCCGAACAUGUACUCGCCCAAACCCGAAGAAAACGACAUCCUCAAAGAAUUUUCCGCAUCGAAAAUCGAUCCGAAAUAUCAAACUUUACCGUACAAUACGAAAUUCACCGUUAAUCUGAUCAUGAACAAAAUGAACAAAGAAGAAAAUAGUAUUAAUAUUAAUAAUAAUAAUAAUGAAGAAAGUAAAGAGAACGAUGUCGUUUUGCAUUCUGGUCAUAUGACCGUACACAGCGCCCCUUUGUACAUGGUUAAUAGGAACAUUGCUAAAGCUUUAAAUCAACAGGAUUUGUUGGCGAAGAAUAAUAGUGAGAAUAAGGACGUUUUAGUAAACGGUCAUGAUGAAAGUUCGCAUAGGGAUAGGGAGAUUUUAACAAAUUAUACUAGUUCUUCAACUAUGCCUACAGCAUAUCAGAAACCCGUCAGUAGCGUAGCACCUACAUCCGUACAGCACACUAGUCUUCUAUCUAACGUUUACCAAACCAGUUCUAUAAAGGUUCAACCUGUAGAACCCCAAACUAUUCAUGGCACCAAUACAUCAACAAGCACUACAAGCAACUCUAUACCCACUACAAGCAAUUAUAUAUUUAACGCCAAUAAUUAUAUACCUACUACAAACUACUAUACACCAACUACGAACGUGUGCGUAUCGACUGCAAGCAACUAUAUUCCAACUACUAGCAGUUUUAAUAACUAUACGACAAGUCCUAGUAAUUACACGUCUUCUACUGUGCAAUCUUCUGCCUCGCUAGUGCUAUCGCCUCCACAAUCUAGUAGUACGCCUUUGAGUAAUACGCCGGAAAUUGUGAAAUCUCCGAAACCCGCUCUUCCUCCUAAACCUUCGAUCAAACCACCUCCGAGACAAACUCAGGCUCUAAGCGACGAAAAUGGAGCUUCGCCUGUUAUUUCCAAUGAGAUAGUUGAAGAUAGAAUAGAAGGCAAAAAAUUCGAGAGCAGUAAUCAAAAACAAGGUUCACUCACAACCACAUCGAACAGUACAAACAACGCAAAAACGGAAAUGAUAAUCAAAGCAAAACCACUUACAAUUAAAAAACAACCUUUUAGUGAACAACCGAAAUUGAGAUCGCUAUCUUCUAUCCAAAACGGCCUAAAUCUAAACAGAAGAAUAGCGGAACUACCGGUUUUGACCAAUUUUUCAAGCAACACAGAAAAAACGAAUUCGGACGAAAAAGACGAAACCGAUAAAUCGUCGAUCUCGGACGAAAACGAUGAAAAAUUCGAUCACGUGAUAAGGCGUUGUAAAAAAGGUAACUUGAAGCAAACUGGCAAACAAAAUCUGAGUCGUAGAGUCAGCUUCGACCCUCUAGCGUUACUCCUAGACGCUAGCUUAGAGGGUGAAUUGGAAUUAGUGAAAAAAACUGCGACGCAAGUAACGAAUCCUAGCGCAGCCAACGACGAGGGAAUCACCGCUUUGCACAACGCCAUCUGCGCGGGGCAUUUGGAGAUCGUUAAGUUUCUAGUUGAGUUCGGAUGUGAUGUAAAUGCGCAAGAUAGUGACGGUUGGACGCCAUUACAUUGCGCGGCCAGUUGCAAUAAUUUGACUAUGGUGAAAUUUUUGGUCGAACAUGGAGCGUGUAUUUUUGCCACCACUCUUAGUGACCACGAAACGGCGGCUGAGAAAUGCGAAGAGGACGAGGAAGGAUUUGAUGGCUGUUCGGAGUACUUGUACAGUGUACAAGAAAAACUAGGAAUCCUGUCAGGUGGUAUAGUGUACGCCGUUUUCGACUACACGGCCCAACAGCCUGACGAACUGAGCUUUAAAGAAGGGGAUCAAAUAACGGUUUUGAGAAAAGGGGACGAAAACGAGAGGGAAUGGUGGUGGUCCAUAUUGGGCGAUAAGGAGGGAUACAUUCCAAGAAAUUUACUUGGGUUGUAUCCAAGGGUGUUGAAGAAUGAGGAUUAGAACUCGUCAAAAAUAAUGGGAUAUGUGCUGAAGUAGAAGAAAACACAAAUAUAUUUUUAGUCAUCCUCUUUAUAUGGAAUUGAAAGAGGCAUUUGAACUGUUAAUAUUUUUCACUCAGUUUAUAUAGAUUUUUUAUCUCUCUUAUAGUAGAGCUAGAUUACAUAAAUAUAAAAAAAACUAACAAAUCUUAUACAG